UUUGCCCUAUGCUUGCGCCUGCGCAGUCCUGCGUGUCUGACCUUCAUAGAAGUAACCAUGUUCGCCAGGACCAGCGCGUUGGUGUUUGUCCCACAAUGUGGGCAGGUCAGGAACAUGGCCACCCUGAAGGACAUCACCAUUCGGCUGAAGUCCAUCAAGAACAUCCAGAAAAUCACCAAGUCCAUGAAGAUGGUGGCCGCUGCUAAGUAUGCCCGUGCUGAGAGGCAGCUGAAGCCCGCCCGAGUCUACGGCACCGGCGCUCUGGCUCUGUAUGAGAAGGCUGAGAUCAAGGCACCGGAGGAGAAGUCCGCCAAGCACCUGAUCAUCGGCGUGUCUUCCGACCGUGGUCUCUGUGGCGCCAUCCACUCUGGCGUGGCCAAGGCCAUAAAGAGCGAGAUUGCUGCCCUUACUGGUGCCGGCAAAGAGGUGAUGGUGGUCAAUGUGGGAGACAAGCUGAGAGGCCUGCUGCACAGGACUCAUGGAAAGCACAUCAUGCUGAACUGCAAGGAGGUUGGCCGCAAGCCCCCCACCUUCACCGAUGCCUCCAUCAUCGCCACUGAGCUGCUCAACUCCGGAUACGAGUUCGACCAGGGCUCCGUCAUCUACAACAGAUUCAGGUCUGUUAUCUCGUACAAGACGGACAACAAGCCCGUGUUUUCCAUCGAUACAGUUGCUAAUUCAGAGAGCAUGGGCACCUAUGAUGACAUCGAUGCCGACGUGCUGAGGAACUACCAGGAGUUUGCCCUGGUCAACAUCAUCUACUUCAGCAUGAAGGAGUCCACCACCAGCGAGCAGAGCGCCAGGAUGACUGCCAUGGACAGCGCCAGCAAGAACGCCUCUGAGAUGAUUGACAAGCUGACCCUCACCUUCAACCGUACCAGACAGGCCGUCAUCACCAAGGAGCUCAUUGAGAUCAUCUCUGGAGCUGCUGCUCUGGAAUGAGGCUUGUCUUAACAGAGGAGAUAAACGGGCAAGAUCAUCCUUUCCAUUGCCCGUGGCUCUGUUAUACAUACGUGAAAGUACUUCAGACCGCUGUCAUCGAGAAUUUAUGAAAGUUUGUGCUUCUAUUUGUAAAAUAUAUGGAAAAAAUAAAGCUCUUACAGAGAACCGUCGCUCUCUCAGAAGUCCCUGUAUUUCUCAUGCCUCUGAAAUAAAUACCUGUGACCAUGAAAGAUGAAUGUUGAUGCUUAACUUAUAAUAGAAUUCAUUCAUUCAAGAUGAUACUUGAUACUAAAGGACAAAUAAAAUACAUUUCCAAGGGU